CGGUGAACAAUUUGAGAACAGUGAGCAAAAUGUUCAAGCCAAACAGAAGACAUCAAAAGCGGUGAAUUUGGAUAUCGUUGGAUUUAAAAGACGGAUCCCUAUAAGAGCAGUGAUUCAAUCAAACGUAUGGCGUGAAGGGCCCGUUCUCGGCCUUCGUCACUCACAGCUAAUGGAUGUCCUCACACAGUAUGCCUACAAUGAGAGUUUCUGGGACAAUGGGAAUGGGAGCUUCAAUGACACGGAGAGCGGGCAGAAGCACCCGUACAAUUACUAUGCCAUGCUCCUGACGCUGCUCAUCCUCGUUAUUGUCUUUGGCAAUGUGUUGGUGUGCAUGGCCGUGUCCAGGGAGAAGGCCCUCCAGUCCACCACCAAUUACCUGAUCGUCAGCCUGGCCGUGGCUGACCUGCUGGUGGCCACCUUGGUUAUGCCCUGGGUGGUCUAUCUAGAGGUGGUGGGAGAGUGGAGGUUUAGUAAAAUCCACUGUGACAUCUUUGUCACCCUAGAUGUCAUGAUGUGCACUGCAAGCAUCCUCAAUCUCUGUGCCAUCAGCAUUGAUCGAUACACAGCAGUCGCUAUGCCCAUGCUGUACAACACGCGCUACAGCUCCAGAAGACGAGUCACUGUUAUGAUCUCGGUGGUGUGGGUUCUGUCCUUUGCGAUAUCAUGCCCCCUGUUGUUCGGCCUAAAUAACACAGCGACUCGCGACGAGUCCCUGUGCAUCAUCGCCAACCCGGCCUUUGUGGUGUACUCCUCCAUUGUGUCCUUCUACAUUCCCUUCAUCAUCACUCUGCUGGUCUACGUGCAGAUUUAUGUGGUGCUUCGCAAGCGUCGGAAACGGGUGAACACAAAGCGCCCGUGUCAAGGGACAGGUGACCACGACGCAGGCGCCACGUUAAAGGAGAAGUGCAGUCACCCAGGAGAUGUGAGGCUGUGCACUGUGAUUGUGAAACCUAAUGGGAGCUUUCCUGUCAACAAGAAAAAAGUGAUCUUCAUCAAAGAGGUGGCCCAUGAAGGGGACGACAUAGAGCUGGAUGAAAUGACCAACUGCAACCCUCAGAAACAGAAGAAUGUGGACAAUGCCACCGCCACGCCUGCCAGCCACCAGCUCCUGCCGCCAACCAAGGCCAACGCCAGCCCCACCUCCGUGCCCCUCUCCCCGCCUGGGAGCUCCGUCAAAGUGGAGAAGAACGGCGACUCGAAGGACAUACUGGUGGAAGUGCCCAAAGUGACUAAAGCGUUUCAGACCGAGGCCUUACCCAACGGAAAAACACAGACGUCUAUCAAGCAGCAACCCACUCUCAUGAGUAAGAGGAAGAUCUCCCAACAGAAGGAAAAGAAAGCCACUCAAAUGUUAGCCAUAGUCCUGGGUGUAUUUAUCAUAUGCUGGCUACCUUUUUUCAUCACUCAUAUAUUGAACACCCACUGCACCACAUGCAAGGUUCCUGCGGAGAUGUAUAAUGCUUUCACGUGGCUGGGGUAUGUGAACAGUGCCGUGAACCCCAUCAUAUACACCACUUUCAAUAUAGAGUUCAGAAAAGCUUUCAUCAAGAUCCUGCAUUGCUAAGGUUGGCAUUUGAGAAGGGAGCUGGAAUGAAGAAAAAGCGUGACUUAUAGCCUACUAAAAUAUACCUCAUCCACGUGAGGACAGUGCACAUGACCAUUAGUCUCAGUGAUGAUCAAUGACAAUUGGAGAGACUGAGUAAAUGCCACACAUGAAGUCUUGGGGACUUUUGUGGAUUAUUUGGUGGACUCGUGUUCUCUCACCAUGAAUGUAUAUCGAGGAGUAACAUCUUUAUCAAUGAACUGUUUCUUGGAAACGUCAUAUUGGUCUUAACCAUCUUGCUUGUCACUUAAGAGCCACAUCCAUGUAAAGAAAUGUAAAGAAAACAUAAGAAGAUGUUUUUUUUUAAAUACUAAAGCAAUCCACCUAUUUAAUCUGUGUAUAGGAUGUAUUUUGAUACUGGCUGAAUCCCGCAAAGAACAACUAGAUAUCAGCAAAUCAGUGUUCAUCUCAGUAUUAAACCUAAUAAUAUUAAACUGGUCAUCCAUGAGCUCUGCAUCUUUAAACCACCCACAGAAUGGAAUGUUGUGUCACAUAGAGAUAAAACAUUUUGACUCGUAGUUUUCUCACUGGUCCGCUUGGCAAGAGAGGCAGCCACAGGUUUGUGAUAAAUUGAAUUAUUAUUAAUAAUAGUAUGAUGAUUAUUAUUAUUGUUAUUAUUAUACAAAACAACUCUACAGCCACCACUGGUCAAUGGUUCCUAUCUGGCUCGGAAGGACCAUGAAUAAGGUUUUUGUACAAUUAUCAUUUCAAUUUCCUGUAGAUGCUUUUUAUAAACACAUUAUAUGUGAUUAUAUGCCUGCAAUGAAAAUGUGAUGCAUGUUACAUUGCUCCUUUACAUGGAUUCUCAUGAAAUGUAAGUCCAAAAAAAAAACAAAUGAAGUAAUAUGUCCAAUAAAUUGAGUUA